UACUCCUAUACUGCGUUUGUGGUGGAAUAACCGGGAUAGAGAUAAGCUGCUCUGUCAUCCAUUCUCCUUUCCAUCUGCCUUUUCCAAUCAAUAUGACUAAGCUCGUGCUUCUCAUCCGAGGAGCUGCACUACUGCUUUGUCUAUUGAUCUUCCAAGCAUCAUCCACUUCCGAUGGCCAAGCGAGUGUAUCAGGAGCCUGCAUCGGCAGCGAGCGAGAUGCGCUUCUGUCCUUCAAGGCAAGCCUCCUGGACCCUGCUGGCCAUCUCUCAUCAUGGCAGGGUGAGGAUUGUUGCCAAUGGAAGGGAGUCCGGUGCAGCAACAGAACGGGCCAUCUCAUCAAGCUCAACCUCCGCAACAUCGACAUGAACGACAUGGGCUAUUACAUGUACGACUACAUGUACGAGUACUACAGCGACUACAUCGACUACUAUAGCGACUACAAGAGCAGAUCAUUGAGCUUGUCGGUGGGCGAGAUGAGCUCUUCUUUGGCUACUUUACAACACCUGAGGUACCUUGAUCUGAGCUGGAAUGACUUCAACGGCACAAGCAUCCCUGUCUACUUGUCUUCUCUCAAGAACCUAAGGUAUCUCAACCUCUCAAGAGCAGGAUUCAGUGGGAGAAUACCUUCUCAACUUGGCAAUCUCUCAAAAUUGCAAUAUCUUGAUCUCAGUCAGAAUUAUUAUGGGUCUUACAUAGUGGAUCUUGCAUGGUUGCCACGUCUUUCUUUGUUGAGCGAUCUUGACAUGAGCUAUGUGGAUCUUAGUUCUGCGAGGGAUUGGUUUCAGAGGGUUAAUAUGCUUCCUUCUCUUAAAGUGCUUCACUUGUCCGAGUGUGGACUCAAUAGUAUCCUUUCUGGUAGUAUACCACAUUCCAACCUCACACAUCUUGAAGUCCUUGAUAUGUCUGGUAACAACUUCUAUACUUCACUCAAGCAUGCAUGGUUUUGGAAUCUCAAAAGCCUUAAGGAGCUUCAACUCUCAGGGUCAGGAUGGGUAGGGUCCCUUGAAGUCAUAGACCCGAGUUUCAAUCAGCUCGUGGGUUUGCUACCAAACAAAUUAGAAAAUUUGUGCAAUUUGACAAGGAUGAGGUUCAAUUAUAACAACAUAGGUUCAAGCAUAGGGGAGUUCAUGGGGCGAUUGCCAAAGUGCUCAUGGAAUAAACUGCAAGAAUUGUCAGUGUGGGGUGGAAAUAUGUCUGAGAACAACUUCUAUACUGCACUCAAGCACGCAUGGUUUUGGAAUCUCACAAGCCUUAAGGAGCUUCACCUAUCACAUUCCAGCUGGCAAGGGUCCAUUCCUGGUGAAUUGGGAAACAUGGCGUCCCUCCAAGUCAUAGAUUUUAGUGAGAAUGAUCUCGUGGGUUUGAUACCAAACAAAUUAGAAAAUUUGUGCAAUUUGACCAGAAUUAGGUUCGGUGGUAACAACAUAGGUUCGAGCAUAGGGGAGUUCAUGAGGCGAUUGCCAAAGUGCUCAUGGAAUACACUCCAAGAAUUGUCAGUGUGGCGUGGAAAUAUGACAGGGAAUCUGCCCAUUUGGACAGGGAACAUGACCAAUCUCAGUGUUCUUCAAGCAUCUGAAAAUAUGUUGAGUGGCCCUAUACCUGUAGGAGUCGGAGCACUGAGUAAUUUGAAAAGGCUGGACCUCGGCGGCAAUAACUUCAGCGGUGUGCUCUUGAAAGAACAAUUUGCAAGCUCAGAAAAAUUAGAGUUGUUGGACCUCAGCCACAAUAACUUCAGCGGUGUGCUAUUGAAAGAACAUUUUGCAAGCUUAGGAAAAUUAGAGAUUUUGGACCUCAGCUACAAUAGCUUCAGUGGUGUGCUCUUCAAGGAACAUUUUACAAGUUUAGGUAAUUUGCUGCAUUUGGACCUCAGCUAUAAUAACUUCAGUGAUUUUAUCUUGAAAGGACAAUCUGCAAGUUUAGCUAAUUUAAAGCAUCUGGAUCUGAGCCAUAAUAAAUUAAAUAGUGUGCUCGUGGAGGAGCAUUUUACAGGCCUAUUGAAUUUAGAGUAUCUGGACUUGUCCUACAACUCUUUGAUAUUAGCUAUCAACCAAAAAUGGGUUCCUCCAUUUAGACUAAAGGUCGCAAGAUUCCAGUCAUGCCAACUUGGGCCCAAUUUUCCAGAGUGGCUUAAAGGGCAAUCUGACAUUGAUAUUCUUGUCCUUGGUGACGCAAAUCUGGAUGAUGUUAUUCCUGAGUGGUUUUGGGCCACAUUUUCCCGAGCUUCAAUGUUGCAAGCAUCACGAAACAAAUUGCAUGGCUCAUUACCGACAAAUCUACAACACAUGUUAGCUGGCUAUAUACAUCUUGGGUCCAAUAAGUUUACAGGUCAAGUUCCACAGUUUCCUAUAAAUGUAGUACGACUGAACCUAUCUUCAAACUCUUUAUCUGGUUCAUUGCCAUCAGAGUUAAAUGCUCCACUACUCGAAGAGUUGUUGCUUGCAAACAAUCAAUUCAUAGGCACCAUCCCGUCGUCUAUAUGCCAAUUGACUAAACUGAAAAGGUUGGACCUAUCAGGAAACCAGUUAACAGGAGAUAUUAUGCAGUGCCAAAAGGAACUUGUUCCAAACUCUACAGAUCAAUUUGGCUCUGACAUGCUGAGCUUAGCCUUGAAUAACAAUGAUCUCACUGGUGAAUUCCCUAAAUUUCUUCAAAGGUCGUCAAGAUUAAUGUUCCUUGAUCUUUCUUACAACAGGUUAUUUGGAGGAUUGCCAGAAUGGUUACCCCAAAAAGUGCCAAAGUUGAAAAUAUUAAGAGUGAGGUCAAAUAUGUUCAGUGGUCAUAUUCCUAAGAGUCUCACUUCCCUUAAUGGUCUUCAUUAUUUGGAUAUAGCACACAACAACAUAACAGGAAGCAUACCAUGGUCUUUAUCAAACCUGAAGGCAAUGAUGACAGUGGUGUCGCAGGACACAGGGGAUUACAUUUAUGAAGAGAGCAUCCCAGUAAUCACAAAGGACCAAAAGCGUGACUACACCUUUGUAAUUUACCAGUUACUGGUAGUUCUUGAUUUGUCAAGUAAUAGUUUUGAAGGACAGAUUCCAGAGGAGAUAACUUUGCUCAUUGGGCUUACCAAUCUGAACUUGUCAAACAAUCAAUUCACAGGAGCAAUCCCAAACAAAAUUGGUGAUUUAAGGCAGCUGGACUCACUCGAUCUAUCCUUCAAUGAAUUUUCUGGUGCAAUACCACCAAGUUUGUCAGCUUUAACUUAUUUGAGCCACUUGAACUUGUCAUACAACAAUCUAUCCGGUGCAAUACCAUCCGGACAACAGCUACAAGCUCUUGAUAACCAGAGGUACAUCUACAUCGGUAACCCUGGUCUUUGUGGAGAUCUUGUUGGCAGGAACUGCUCAACACAUGAUGCAGAGCAAAGUGGCCUCGAGGAUAUAGAUCAUAUGCCAUCUGUUUAUCUUGCCAUGAGCAUUGGAUUUGUGGUGGGCCUGUGGACAGUUUUCUGCACCAUGUUGAUGAAGAGGACAUGGAGGGCUGCCUUCUUCCAGUUUGUUGAUAUGAUGUACGACAUGGUUUAUGUGCAAGUGGCUGUAAGGUGGGCUCACAUGAUGGAGAAAACUCAAGACCCUGCACCAUGAAGUGCCCAACUCCACGACAAGCAAAUUGUUUGUAUCUAAAUAUUAUUUGUAUGUUCGACAUGUUUAUGUGCAAGUGGCUGUAAGAUGGGCUGGACGUAUGUAUUGUACUGAUGUACUGGUAUUUGUAUGUUUGUACUGUAACAAAUGAAGUGUAUAUGUUUGUGGAUUAUUUAAGCUGAAGUCAGCCAUUAUUCGCU